AUGGAAAAUAGAUCAACUUUUACCACAUUCAUUCUGGAUGGCUACUAUGUAAUGGACAAACAGAAGCAUUUGUUCAUUUUUAUUUUUCUCCUCCUCUAUGCUGCUAUUUUUAUCCUGAACUCACUUCUCAUUGCUGUAAUCUAUUUUGAAAGAACACUGCAUAAUCCAAUGUAUAUCUUUGUUUGCAAUCUGUCAUUUAAUGGCAUAUAUGGCAGCACAGGUUUGAUCCCACAUCUGAUAUUUAAUCUCACUACUGAGGAGCAUAGGAUAUAUUUAACAAAUUGCCUCAUACAAAUCUUCUGUUUACACACUUAUAAUAUUACUGAACUAAGUAUCUUGACCGUUAUGGGGUAUGACCGUUAUGUUGCUAUUUGUUACCCACUUCACUAUCAUGAUAUGAUGUCGACAAAAAAGCUUGGCGCAUUUGUAUUUUUUAUGUGGGCUUAUCCAUUUGCCUUUUUUUUGCUUUACGAGUCAUUCACAAUACGCCUAAGCUUUUGUAAAGAAAUUAUACAAAAGACACAUUGUGUAAAUUUUGACCUUGUUAAACUAUCUUGUACGGACAUCACUAUCCACAGCAUGCUUGGACUUGCCACAGUGGGUAUUACAGUCAUUCCACAGAUUAUGAUCAUUUUAUUUUCUUAUGCACAGAUUUUGCGUGUUUGCAUAUAUUCUUCUAAAGAAUGUCAAACCAAAGCCAUUCAGACAUGUACACCUCACAUUCUUUGUGUUAUGAAUUAUUCUGUUGGCGUACUGUUUGAAAUAAUUCAAAGUCGGCUAAAUACUAGCUCUUGGCCACAUGAUUUCAGGACUUUCAUGUCUCUAUAUUUUAUGAUAUUUCCUCCUCUGUUAAAUCCAGUUAUCUAUGGUAUGAAUGGGCAUGUUAUAAGAAAGCAUAUUCAGAAGAUUUUAUGUGUGACUAAUGUUGCUCCCUUAAAAGAUUAG